UCAGCACCGCGCUAUCCUAAACCCCCUUCAUUUGAAGUCCUGUCAUCUUUUUUUUUCCAGGUGGCCAACUUGCUGCGACUCUUUCAGAUCCCUCAGAUCAGUUAUGCCUCCACCAGUGCCAAACUCAGUGACAAGACUCGUGGCGUCGGAAGGUGACUACGGCGAGACGGGCAUCGACGCCUUUCAGCAGGAGGCUCGAGCCCGCCACAUCUGCAUCGCCACGUCAGCCAAGGUGAGCCGUUCCAUGAGCCGCUGGAGCUAUGAGAACGUGAUCCGCUCCCUGCAGCAGAAGUCCAACGCCAAGGUGGUCAUCCUGUUUACUCGCAGCGAAGAUGCCCGCGAGCUUCUGGUGGCGGCCAACCGCAUGAACGUCUCUUUCACUUGGGUGGCCAGUGACGGUUGGGGAGCGCAGGAGAGCGUGGUGCGGGGCAGUGAAGCCGUCGCAGAUGGAGCAUUCACCAUUGAGCUGGCCUCCUAUCCCAUCCCCCGUUUUAACGACUACUUCACGGCUCUCCAUCCGUACAACAACAGCAGGAAUCCGUGGUUCAGAGAGUUCUGGGAGAACCAGUUCCAGUGCAGCCUUCACGAUUUAAGUUGUGGGAAGCACUCGCUGCGUGAGGCCCCGUUUCAACCUGAGUCCAAGAUUAUGUUUGUGGUGAACGCAGUGUACGCCAUGGCCACUGCGUUACACAACAUGAGGCAGGCCUUGUGCCCCAACUCCACCAAGGUCUGCGAUGCACUUAAGCCUGGCAAUGGCAGGAAAUUUUACAGGGACUAUAUUCUCAAGACCAAGCUGGACGGUGAGUAGUCUUCAAUGACCAAUAUCAUAUUUUGAAGACAAAAAUAUUUGAUUGUCCUCACUUCAACGGUGGUGUGAAAAAAAAAUGCCCCGCCCCCUUCCUGCUUUUAAAAAAAACUUGCAGUUUGUCACACUUAAAUAUGAACAAGUCUGAUGGUAAUUAGGUUUGGGUGUGGUCAGUGUACAUAAUCUGAAAAAUGUGAUUAGACACAGUAAAUGCAAGAUUUAAUGAAGGGGAAAGUACGUCACACCGGGUCAGGUUUCUUUGAAUAUUUUUU